UCCUGAGUGUGACAUAAAUGCUAAAUUUGAGGUGCCUGUGACAUCUGAGGGCUCAAUACGGCUUUUGGGAAGAACAAAAGUGCAAUGUAUUGUAAUUUUUGAUCAAAGUUACUGUGGCUAAAUAAAGUUUUCUAUCUACCUAACUACCUACCCACCCACCCAGUUAUCGACAGGUUGCAUAUUUGGCAAUUCUCAUUACAAUUUUGCCAAAAUUGUUGUUUCCUCGUUGUUGCAACCAGAUGGUGUCUAAAACAGUCACGGCCUUGAUCCCUGCAAUGGCGGCUACGUUUGACAUGUAUUAUCUCAGGCUCUUAGUGAUUGCAAGAUUUUCUUAUUUUCUUCAAGAGCUAAUCUUUAACCCCCCCCAAUCCCCAAGUCUAGUAAUCUCUGUAUAGGUGUAUGUGAGCAUGAGAAGAAUGUUUGAUCUUUUCUAAUCUUUUCUUGUAAAAUUAAACUAGACGUGGGGUGGUAAGAGUGCAGGAUUUGGUCUGAAGCACUGCUGCUGUGAUCUUCCUCUCAAAGUAAGUACAGCCUGUUGGACCUUUGCUGCUUGGUUUGUGUGAUUAAGUUUGUCUAGGUUAAUGAUGCAUUGCUAAUAACUUACAAUGAUGAGAGCUAAUUAAACCAAAAAAAGCCAUCCCUUAAGAAGUCGCGAAUAAACCAAUUAAUAUUCAUGGUGCAAACAGGGGGUGGGGGAGAGGGUGUAGUAGAAACUUGCAGAUUCGUUGUCUUAAUUCUUGCAGCAUAGCCUCCUUUACUUUUUUAAGUAUUGGGAAAAACAUUGCUGGAGUGGAUGGCUUCAUGCAUGUGCUUUUUAGUGUUUUAUUGCAUGUAUAGUAAGAAUCUCUUUUUUGAUAAUUGAUGGACUGUUUGACCAUUUGCUUGUAAAUGUAAAUUUAAAUUGCUUCUCUGUAUUUCUCUGCAGGAGUUUCCUGCUAGUUGUGCCGAUGUCUACUUUGAGUUUUACAAUGAAAACACAAGUACCCCUUCAAAUUCACAGUCAGACUCACAGGUAUAAAGGCCUCUGUGUACUUUGUAUCCAAACAUUGUAUAACUUUUCAUUUUGUUUGAGGUGAGAGUAUUUUGAUAGUAAAAAAUUUGGCAAUCAGGGCUGCCCUAGCAGCUGUAGCAGCACCUGUGGCCCUUGGCCCUUCUUUUGCUCUUACACGACAGGGAAAUCUUAAGUUUUUCAAAGGUACACUGUGUCCUAUAAUGGGCACCCUAGAUGGCUCAGUUUCAAAGCACUGGGCCCCCUUUUUAAUUUUUAUUAGAGUGUGCGCUUGGCAUUCAAAGGGCUUCAUGCAAAAAUAUGCAUGUAGUGUCCCCUGUCCCUGCCCCCUACCUUAUUUUUGCAAGGAGCCGUUAUUAUUGCACUGACGCUGUUUCUUUGUUUUGGCAGACACCAACCACAGGAAGCCAGUUAUGUUCUGUACAUGUCAGGCAGCUUUAUCAGGUAUCAUUCUCACUGUAAAUUAAAGCAGGUUUUAUGGCAUGCCUUAAAUACAGCUACAUGUAGAUUAGUAGGUCAUGGUCUGCAGAACAUGAUUUUUUGCGGCUUUUUUUUUUUAGCCAUUUCCAAAGGCACGUUGUAAGUAAAUAAUUUGUACACUCAUGGCUUUGAAGUAACCUUAGCUGGGAGGCCUAGGUGCUAUUGUCUUUUACCCUGGAUCAAGAUGUCAUCUUGAUUUCCAUGUGGAUGCUGUACCUUGUAGAAAUGGUUGUUUCAUUUCUAGGAUGGGGAUGUAUAAUGUUAACAUAGUCUCCUCAAUAGUUGAUUGGGGCCCAAUGAAGUCAAUUAGGUUAUAAAAUUAAAUAAAAUUAUCCCUCUAGACUCUAUAGAUGACAUAUCCCCACUACCAAGCUUUAAACCCCUAUGUCAGAUUAGUACAUUCUGUCAAUGCUACAGUGGAACCCCGUUAAUACGACCACCGUUGGGCCAUAAAAUCCUGGUCGUAAAAACGAGGUGGUCGCAUUAAUGGGGUCUUCAAAAUAAUAUAAUGAGUCAAUGUUUUUUACUUUUGGUUUGAAAGAAUAUGGUCGUAAUAACGAGAUGGUCUUAUAAACGGGGUGGUCGUAAGGCAGGGCUCCACUGUACUUCAAUGCUUGAAGUUAUGCUUUUUUAGAUGUACAGUUGAAUUCCAGUCUAUAGACACCCUCUUUAUACAGACACCUCAUUAUUAUGGACAGUUCGCUUUGUCCUUGGGGAAAGAAAGCCCUUAUAUUUUCUCUAAAUUUAACCUGCUUAACACGGACACCCUGUUAAGACUGACAUUUUCUAUGGCCCCCUCAGUGACCGUAUUACCAGGGUUUGACUGUACAGUCAGCUCUCUCUAAGAUGGACACGUUUGGAACCGGUAUUAAAUUUCCAUCUUAAAGAGAUGUCCAUCUUAUAGAGGGUCUAAAAGAGGGUUAAAGGAAGGAAAGGGCCAACUGUAGGUGUGGGUUUUACAGAGGUGUUCGUCCUAUAGAGGUGUCUGUUGAGAGAGAGUGGACUGUACUUAUUAGGAAUCUUAUUGUGGUUAUCUCUGCAUAGUUCUCAGAGAAUCCUGGAGAAGUUAUGGAGCAAGUGAUUACUUGUUACAAUGUACCCACUGAUAAACAGGUACCUGAAUAAAAGAUAGUGUGCCAUCAGAAUACUUUCUGCUCUAUGUCAGUUCUUGUUUUAUUUGAAUGAAUGUUUUUCUUUUCUCUACAUAAUACUAAAUCAGAAAUAUUAUUCAUGUCUUUUUUUUAUAAAUGCUAAAAAUAUUAUGUUAAAUCUUGUUUUUGCAUCAGUUGUAGAAGAAUAGACUCACUAAAUUAUUGCUGCAUGUGCCCCACUUGUGUAGAAUGAUGAAAUGAUAAGUUUUUCUCCUCUCUUACAGGUUAACCUAUUCAGCAGAAUUCGAUUGGCUAAGCAUUUUCCUGUUUAUGAGAAAAGGUUGCAGUGUAUCCAGGCUCGAUUGCAAGCUAUCUCGGUGCUAUGUAAGUACAUGUGAUGCAUUUGUCUGAAAAAAAAAAUUAAACAGUGAGAGGCUUAUUUGGUCACUUUCAGUUCUAAGCCUCUUCCUGAUGUCUAUUUUCAAUGGUCUGUAAUUUAUUUAUGAUGGGCAGUCAUCAAACUCACAUUAGCUUUGUGGUUAUUAAGGGUGUUUCUAAACUCCAUGUGUACUUUUAAUUCUUUACCAUGUACCGCCAGUAUUUCUAUAGUUGUGCAAGUUACAGUUAGUACAAAAAUAAAUGUUGGUUCAAAACAGUAGUGUGGGUAAUGCUGGUGAAAAUUACAGUUAAAAGCGUGUGUUUGAAUUCAUAUGGUUAAUUUUGUUUGUGGUUUUGAUAUCAGUGUACUCAAACAGCACACAGGAUGUGGUAAACCCUCUUUUGUACCAAGGAUUCAUUGAGGAAACUGUGGAAUUGCUUGAACUUGACCAGGCACAAUUCACUGUAAGUCCUUUUAACUAUGUUCAAUCUUAAAUUUUUAUUAUCACAGUGAAACUCUUUAAGUACUUUUGUUACUUUGUCAGUUUAUUAUUGCUGUUGUUGUUUGUUUGUUUGUUUUAUUUUUAUGGAGGGUGGAGUGGGUCAAUCAUCUUUGACAUAAAAACUAUACUAACCUUGGAGGAAAGAGUGUGAUAAGAUUUUGACAUGCACUUUUUUUGUCUCGGUAGGAUAUCAGAACAGCAGCUAUCCGUACGCUGACUGCCCUUGUGCACAUGGAAUCCAGUCCAAGGUAUUGUUUUAAGAAUGUCAAAAGAGAAAAAAAUCAGUAAUGAGCAGUCACUGAAAUUCCCCCAUCAGUAGUGGUUCUGGCUGCCUUAGACUUUCAGUUUGAAUGAUUCUUUUGCCUGUUUUGCUAUUAUUAUUCUGAUUAUAAAAUGUACACCACUUGCUAUUUAAAUACAUUGACUGUUUAUUUGCCCAGGAGUUGAAAUAUUUGUUUGCAAAUCUUACACUGACUUUUUUCUUUUAACUUUUAGGGUAAACACUGUUAUAGACUGUACAGGUUUAGCAUCCUAUCAUGGCUUUCUACCAACACUCACUCGAAACUGCAUACAGUCUCUCACAGGUACAAACAGAAAGUACAGUAAAUUUCAUUAGUAAAUAAAGUGUUUGUGAAAGGCUUUCUAAAAUGGACACCUCAUCAACAUACAUUAUCUUUGAAAUUUGUACCUCCUAGAAGCUGUAGCUGUACUAUACAGUGCACAGUUGUUCACAUGUAGACAUCUUUAACCCUUUAAGUCCCAAUAGUGACCAACAUCAAGUUUCUCCUAACGAUAUCCAUACAAUGUCAAGAGAUUAGGUUAUGAGAAUUAAUUAAAUGAUAUCCAAAGAAAAAAUGCUUUGAUCUUUUCUCAAAUUCUCUCAAUGUAUUCUUUAAAGAAAUGUAUAGAGACCAGUUUGGAGAAUUUGCUUGUGAAUAUUGGGGCUUAAAAGGUUAAUAUAGAAUUGGACAGUAUGGGUUUGUCUUUUUGAUGCCUAGAAACAGGUUUGACUGUAUACCAUCGGGUUCUGGUUUAUUUAUUACGUUCUAGUAUAAAAAUAUUUAACAGAUUAUCGUCUUGUUAAGUUUCUGAAUAUUGUUGCUGUUGUCUUCUUUAGAUCCACUUUCAGAUUCACUUCCCCUACCAUUUGCAACUGGUCUGUUUUCAUUUCUGUACCACUUAGCAUAUUAUGAAGUUGGUAAGUGUGACCUUUCUCUAUGGCAUGUUUAGUGUAUUCGCAGGGAAAGCACUGAUCCUGCAAGCAUUUAAGUACAACUUGUUGGAAAUUUGGAAAUUUUAUUUCUUAUUCUGCUUACUACAAAUGCUUUAACUCGCAUUGAAUGAAGGCCACCAUUGAGGGUAAAUAAGUUUUACAAGUGCCCACUUUAAAAACGAGCUCCCCCAUCUCUCCCCAAAGAUAGAAAAAAAUCACUAAAUUUAAUGUCAAAAAGUAGAAUAGAAGGAUUUCAAUGCCAGAAUUUAGAGGACCUUUAGGAAACAGGACUUUGAGAGCAAUCACACAUCUAGAUUUGUGUUCUCUCUUGCAGGUGCAUCUGUACAUUCUGUUUCAGUUAUAGUUUACAUUGUGUACAUGUACUUGAAAUAAAGGCAAUGCUAUUUCCUCAUUUACCUCUUAGGAGCUGAAGCAUUAGUUUCUUGUGGUUUGUUAGAAGCACUUCUUCGUGUGGUGGAACACCAAGGGGGAGACAGUCACCUGACGGUAAGAAAGAAAAAGAAAAUGAAACAUGGAGCAAACAAUUUUGUUUUGCAUCUGAGAGCUAUUUGCCGUAGUAUAUGACGUGAAGUAUAUGUAGGUCAAGUAGAAUGGUUCCUACCAAAUAAUUGAGAAGGGACUAUCCACAGACUCAAGUGAGAGAUCCUUGUCAAAAAUAUUAUUAUUAUUUAAGUAAACUUUGUACUCUUGGACAAAGGGAUGUUAAUUUUGUUGAUGUGUUGUAAAUGUUAUGUGGUUUGUACACAUUGUAGUUUGUUACAAGGGCCAUACGCAUAAUGGAGUGGAUAGCUAACAUGGAUCUAUCAGGAUACCAGAACCAGAGUGGGUUGACUGCCAUCGUCAACAGACUUGAGGUACAUUAUGUAACACUUUAAACUAUUUUUUCUAGUGGUGGUUGUUUUGGCUGUUUGAUUUAUAUCUUGUUUACGUUUGUGGGAAAUUUGCAGCAAGAAAUCAGGGAGUGCCAGCCUUUUCAUGGAGCAAUACUAUCACCAGACUUACCCUCCCCUCCUUCCAACCAGCAAGAUAGUGUAGCUAUGGAAACCAGUGAAAACCAGGGGACCCAAGAAAAUGCCACACAGUCACACCAGUCUGAUGAUGCACCUUCGCAAUCAGAAGCAUCUGAAGAGGUUCCCAUGGAGACUGAGCAGCCUGAAACAAGUACAGCAGGGGUCAGUGAUAAUAAUAUGGAGGUAGAUGAGGAAGAAACAGAAAAAGGAAAGGCUAUGGUUGAUGCAUCAGUCGCUGGCCCAACUUCUGCCCCUAAUCCCGUCAGCAAGAAUCGGUGCUUACCCCAAAGAGCAGCUUUGAUCAAGGCUGUUCUUAGCUUUCUUAAGAAAUCCAUCCCUGAUCCAUCCUUCUCAGAGAGCAUUAGAAAUGGUAAGUAUUAUUAUUAUUAUUAUUAUUUUAAUAGUAAUAAUAAAUGCAUUUUUAACCAUCCACGAAGAAUAUCUGUGUUUGACGGAAACAAUGAUUUUUUUUUUUCAAAUUAAUUAUAGUUAUGGAUAGUUCACUACCGACAUCACUGAAGCACAUCAUCAGUAACGUAGAAUACUAUGGACCAGUUUUAUUUAUGGCAGGUAUGAUGCUAUUUUGCUUGCUCCAUUCCAAGCUUGUUAACUGUACUUUGUUUCACUGCCAAGGUUAGCACCUUAUGGUUCUCCUUGAAAAUUAAUAAUGCAUGAAAUUGCCAAGUAAGGAUGCACAAUGCACUACAAAGAAAUAAGCUUAACUAAGAGUUAUGCAGCCUUUUUGUUUAUGCAGUGUAGUGCUUGAUUGAGGAAUCCUGUGAGAAAAAAACAGACUUAUUAUAAUGCUGUAAGGUUAUGAUGUUGGGAACAACUACCUUAUUUAUCACUGAUGUGGAUUUCUUGCCCAUUUUUUAACAGCUAUUGAUGUGGUGACAGUGUACGUUUUUCAUGAGCCGUCUCUUCUGUCCUCCCUUCAAGACAAUGGCUUGACUGGUGUGAUGCUGAAGGCUUUGGUAGUCAAAGAGGUACAGUGAUAUUCCCUAUUAAUUGCCACUUCUGCUGACUUGAUUCGUCAGAAAGGUCGGUAAUCUUAAUGGUGCACCAGAGCUAUUUUUGAAGAAACAUAAUGUAUUGUAUACAUUGUAUGUUGAAAACACAACAAAAAUCUCAAAUCCCUGGUUACUUUUACAUUUCCACACCUACUGUAUCUUAUUGUACUUACAUGUAGUGCUGCCAUAUUGUCGGUGUCUCCUCCAUUAAUCGUGGUAAAGUACAUAAUGAUUGUACAUGUACACUAUAAAUACCAUCAAUAUGCAUGUAUAAAAUAUAAUGUUUUUUCCCCUUCUUUCAGGUUCCUGCUACGAGGGAAGUUCUCUCUUCCCUUCCUAGUGUGUUAAGUGCCCUGUGUUUGAAUAAUCGAGGUCUUCAAGCCUUUAUGAGGUGCAAACCUUUUGACAAGUUGUUCAGAGUAUUGCUAUCUCCAGACUAUCUUCCAGCCAUGAGGCGCAGAAGAACCUCAGAAACCUUGGGUAGGCCCAGUUCUGUGUUGGUUGUCAUCACAAUGUUCUAACCUCUAAUGUAAUGUCAGUAAUUACCCAUCAUAAUAUGUUGUUGUGUUUGUGUUUGUGCAGGUGAAACUGCUUCCAACCUUGGAACUGCAAUGGAUGAACUGAUGAGACACCAACCCACGCUUAAAACCGAUGCCAUGACAGCCAUCAUUAAGGUAUUAUUUGUUACUCUAGCAGUUUUAUGAGAGUAGUUUUUCAGCAGCAGGUUCCUUUUCUAGUUAGAUCAGCAAAUCAGCAUCAUAGGUAAGAGUGUCAUUACCGUGUUUUGGCUAUUUUAGGAGUAUGAUUUUACUAUUAUGCAGAGUAUCCUAGGUGAUACACGUAUGGCUUGGUUGAGAACAGAGUACUAGGCAGAGAUAGAUACUAUAGUGUGUGUGAAAAAUAUCCUGAAAUUAGUCUCAAUUUCAACUCAAAUAAUUAUUCUUCUUUGCUCUGACUUAAUUAAGGGCAUACAGUUGUAUUAGUAAGUAGAAUACAGUUAUGUGUAGAAGUCUAUCAGAAAUCACUUGGGGUUUAUUUCUAGGGGCACCUUAAAAUCAUUGUUGUAUUGAAAUGCAAGCAAGCAAAGAUACAAUCACCGGCACCUAUUUUGUAGAGUUUCCUAGAGUUGUAUUUCUGCAUUGAAAAUGGGUCUUGCUCUUUUUAGCUCUUACAAGAGGUCUGCUCCCUUGGUCGGGACCCAAAAUGCAUUGGUUUCAAGAUGGGUGCUAAAACAGAUGGAAGUGACACAGACAGUGUUACUGGACUGGUACAGGGUCCAGGGCGAGUGAUAUCUGGUGCAGAAGAACCCAUGUCUGAUGAAGAAGAGGAUGAUGAUGAUCGAUUCAGUUUUACAACCACUGCCAGUGCGGCUAAGAUCUUGGCUGAAAGUGACAAGACCAAGGAUAGCUCAAAGUAUGUCUUGAUCAUUAUCAUUGUUGUUAUUGUUACAUGCACUUUGAUUUAUUUGCAUACUUGGCAAAGGCAGUUAUACAUUUAUUGAUUCUACAUGUAGUUAAUGUCUGUUAGUAGAUUGACCAUUCUUACUUACAACUUAAGGAUGUGAUAUAGCAAAAUAUACCCCCCAUGAUGAAUAGUUUUGAAAUCUUUGUCAAGCAGGAAAAGUUAACUAAGCUCGUUUCUUUUCUGUAAUUUUUUUUUUUUACUGUAAAGGACUGCUGAAGAAGAGAAAAGGACCUUUAUUCCACUCAUGGAUUAUAUUCUGAAUGUGGUAUGUUGUUUAGCAUGUGCUAAUGAAAUAUUUUAGUGUUUUGAUCAGCAAAUAAGUGCACAGCCAGCAGGUGUUGCAUCAUACAUAUUAAAAUUAUUUAUACUGUGUAAGAAAUCUUAAGAAUUUAAAAAGGCUAGGGACUUCGUAUUUGCUUGACAGCACCACUGAUUUAGAAGAACAUCAGAGGAUGUUUAAUUUAAAUGACCUUGAAUUUUUCUAUUGUCAAUUUACACUGUUUAUUAUAUUUCUGAAAAUCUUAAACUGAGAGAUUUUAACUUUCACUCAGGUCCGUUUUGUGGACUCAAUACUCAGUAACAAUUCAACCGACGACCACUGCAGAGAGUUUGUUCGCCUUGGAGGAUUGGAACCAUUGAUCAAUAUUCUUGGCUUGCCUAAUCUGCCGCUAGACUUUGUGUCUUCUCAAGCUUGCCAGUCUGUGUCAGGUGUAUGCAAAUCUAUCUUGGUGAGCAUCUGUAUUGUAGAUGUUGUGGUUCAAAUUUUUCCUUGGCUUAAAAUUUUUCAAACCAGUUUAAUUUUUACUUUCCUUUGUCUAAAAUCAAUUACCAUAAUCAGAGACAAAGAAAAACAAAAAUUAAACUGGUUUGAAAAAUUUUAAACCAAGGAAAAAUUUAAACCACAACAUAGACACUCACAGCUAAAUCAUAUUCAUUGUACUAAGUAGUAAACUUGUUUUGGGACAAUAAUUUCAGACUAAUAGUAAUAGCUACUGUUAGAUUUCUGAAGACUUACUUAUUUCAGACAUCAUAUACAGGAGGAUUUAUAGACCAGAGGGAAACAAAGUCAAUUGAACUAGAUUUCCACGAAGAUCAUUUAAGCUGCUAUUUUCAAAAACAGGACUUUUCAGGCAGUAGUCGUCAAGUCAAGAUUGUUGCACAUCAGUUAUAGAUUUUCUUAUACCAUUGUCAAACCUUUCUUUGAUGUCUUCACUUUCAUUGUUGAAAGGUAGGAUAGCGCCAAAGGUAUGCAUUGUGGGUUGCAUGAUCUUAUACCUGAUUUGCGCACCCAAAGUAAAUUAUAAUAAUUUUAUUCUGAAGAAUCAUUAGUACAUGUAUUUUUUUUUUCUUGGCAACCUCUCUGUCUUUUUCAGAUGUUAUCUCAUGAAGCCCAAGUACUUAAGCAAGGCCUGACUGUACUCAGUGAUGUCUUAAACAACCUUGAACCACUCAUCUCAAGAUCAGCCAGCUCUCCCAUAUCUCUAUUGUUACAUGAGGUAGCUUCAUCAAGCCGACCCCAGCAAGCCAUGGCAUCAGUGCAACAGACUCCUCUAUUGCAUGGAGUUGUUGCUGCGCAUGCCUAUGUAGGCAUGUUCCUUCAUGUCUGUAAAGUUGGCCAGGUAAUAAUUAUGUCAGCCAGCUUGUUGCACAUUGUAAAACAUUGCUUUUUUCUUUCCUUAUUUCUUGCCUGCUCCUUCUGUGUGAUGGGUGCCUCGGGUCCUUGUGAGGGGGCUUAUGUAUGUUAAUUAGCCAUUGUUGAAGUGGUAGUUGGUCUUAAGGCUGGAUUGUUCAAAAGCUGAUGCUUCUAGCACUAACAGUUUU